UAAAAUAUUGUGUGUUGCAGAUCUCUUCUCUGUGAAUGCUGGCUGCUACAUGCAGCUAACAAUAUCCUGACAAUGGAUAUGAUAAGUUGGUCUCAGACAGAAAUAAAUAACACAAUUAUGAACUUGAAAAAUUGCUGUUCUUCCUUCAUUGGAAUGUUGCCUGAGCCUGAAUUGCAAUUCCUGCCUGCAUUUAUUCUAGGAAUGUUAGUUUCCUCAGCUGUCCUUGUUUAUCUGGUGCAGAAAGAUACCAAAAAAUCCUAUAAGGAAUCAUUUAUGAUUUUCAUCAGGCAAUUAUUUUCUGCAUAUGAAAAAGAUGGCUCGACUGAAAGGCAAAUCAACUUACAAUGCAUGCUUGAUAAAGCUAGCAUGAGACUAAACAACACAGCCAUAAAAUGUAGUGACAGGCUAAGAAAUUCUGUAAAAGAUUUUGUUGAAAACUCAAAUGAGGUUGAUAACAUGACCAGCAAAAAUGUUUGUCUACGAAUAGAACAACUUGCUUCUCAUCAUUUUUGGAAUCAAUUCAAUGCAUUUGAUUGUGAGAAAGAAAUAAUCUUGAGAAAUCUUCCAAAAAUAAAAGAGGAAUUCCUAAAAGUUUUUAAAGAUUUUCAAAAAGGCAUUUGUAAGCAGUGGACUAAAGAUGAAGUACUAAGAGGACACAGCUGCCACUUCUCUCUCAUCAGCAAGGGAGUGAUCAACACAGUCAACUGUCAAGCAUGUCCUAAUACUUUCCAGACUCUGAGUGAGUGCCGGGUGAUGGGUCUCAGUGGAUGUAUGUUUGGGUCGGCAAGCUUCACUCUGCUCUACCCAGACUCCCAAGUGGGGCCCUCAUGUGCUCUAACUAAUGCUCUUGUCAAGUGUGAAGUUGUGUUGCAAACGAGCACAGCGGGAGACUUACAAGUGGCAAGCAAGAAACGCAAGUGGCAGGUGGACGACAUCCUGCUAUACGACGCCUCCAUCCCAUACACCGCCUCGCUUGCCUCCAGCAAAGACAUGACCAUCCUGGCUACGCCGCUCGCACGGCUCUCCCUUGAUCUAUGGCAUCCCGACCUACUCACCCCUGAGAGAGAAGCUCUUGCCAUGCUGUUUUCAUCAUGAAGAUAUAAGGUUUAAAUUUCUUUUGUUUUAAAAAUACCGCCACACAAAUUGAUUCAUGGGUUUUGGUUUAGUAAAUCACGUGGCAAAAUAUUGAUGAUUGCUUUUUCAGUGUGAUUAUUAAAAUUUUAUCUUUAAAAAUACUGGGAAAUGAAAUUUUUGGCUUCAAUGUUUCCUCAUCAAUUAAGAAUAUGCAUAUUCUUAUUUUGUCAGAGAAAUAUAAUUACGCAAAUUGUUUUUUACUUGUUAAAUCAAUUCGGUUUGUUUAGUAAUUGAUCUCAAAUAGUCAAUAAUUUUCUCACAGGUAGGGUGUUAAGCAUUAAUUGUUUUCCAGAUCAAUCCUCGUUUCUGGGUAAGAGUAAUGACGGCAAUUUUUGAGUGCCUGCAAUUAUUUAUCUUUAGACUCUCAAAAUACAGAUGGAGACUAGCAAUAAAACUAGAUAAGUACUGUAACCUCCAAUUUAAGAACAUUAGUUCCUGGUUGAGUUUCAGUGUUCAUUCAAGCCUUUGCAGACUGAAAUUCAGCAUUUAUCUUAUUUUGAUUUAUUAUGUAAUUAUCUGUUAUUAUAUUGCAUCGGAUCACUUCCGUAUCGUUAUUGUAGCAACUCAUUCAGCGCCGAAUAUAAGUACUGAGGACAGGUAAAUUGCCUCUAUUUUUUCUUCGAUGAGAUUGCUCUAUGAAGAUGUGCUAUUCCUUCCAAUUUCAUCGAGUUUCUUUUUGUGAGCUGUUACAGUUUAAUGAUGCUGCCACAACGUUCAUUUUAUGAAAUUUUCAGUAACUUCAUGUGAGUAGAAAUUCUAAGUGAUGGAUUGUUUGUGGGUGGGUAGAGGUAUAGAUAAUAGCGGGUACAUUUCUUAGAAUUAGAGUAAUCCAUUAAAAUAAUGUGUAAUAUAAAUCAAUCCGAUUAGUGACAUGCAAUUAUUUUCCACUUUCUGUUGUUUCCAUGUCAUUUAUUUAUUUUUUUCAUUUUGUAAAUUCAUGCAUCUAAAUAAAUCUUUUGAUAUUCAUAGUACUAUUCCAGAUUAUAUAGGUAUUCCAAUACAUAUGUGUUUUGGGUAUUAAAAUAUUAGCUUCAAAAAUAUAUGUAUUUGGCAAUAAGAAAAGUUGUUAAAAAGAGGAUGAACUACAUUUAUUGCUGGCAAGAACCAAGUACUUAAUCUACACUAGUCAAUUGCACGUCGUAGUCACAUAGCACUGAGUAAUUACAUUUGCCUACUGAAUUGUAUAUUAAUUAGUGAGUAUUGUUCAAUUCUAAAUCCAUUCUCUGCUAGCAUACAGCUUGUAAUUUACAAUCAAUGACUUGAAUUUACAAUUUAAUAGUAUUUACAAUGAAUUAUCUAUAAGAAAAACAAAUAUUCAAAGUGACUCUUCUUGAAGUCACUUGCUACGCAUCUCCACGUCACUAUUACGCUCUCUGCUCUAGCUUUUUUAGUCAAGGAAAGACUUGAUUGAAUUGGUGAUUUAUUGGCAUUGAUUAAAAAAGUUUUGAAUUUUACUUCCAAUAAAAAUUUGCAACGUUCUUUUCCUCCACUAAUCGUUCUUUCUGGCUUCUGUAUCUGCCAUGUAAGCAGCUCUAUGGUGUAGCUAACGAGGGCAACCUAUAGCUUGUUCUAUUUAUUCUGAUUAUUAAUUGACAGACACGUGUCUCAGAGUAGCAUCCAGUGUGAUAUUAAUCUUCAUGUUGAUAUAAAAAGUGUUCUCUCUACGGCUGACCAUGUCGCCAGCUUUAUGAUAUGUAAUCCAACACAGUUAACUAUGUCUAGUUGCUUAGUAUCCUAAAAAGUGUAGCGCAGCUGGUUGUGUUAAUGUAUAAUAUAAUAGACGUGAAGGCAAGAGCUAAGCAUAAAUGUUUACAAUUUCUUAUAUUACUUUGAAUUUACAAGAUUAUAAUUAUAAUUGGUUAAAAAUAUUUUGUCAUCUACCCGAGUUCAAGUUUAAACGAUUUCGUAGAGAAUAAAUCAAUUGGUAAAAUUUCAAUGCAAUAUCUGUUCAAUUUCCCUGAAGCAAAAGCAACUAUUUUUCAACGUCUCCACAGAAACGUUGAAAAAUUACUGCUUGCGUCAUUACACAAGCGGGAAUAUUAUAAGUCUCUCUAUUGCCAAUUUAGUAUUACUUUUCGAACAAUUUACUAUUGUUUCAUUUCUGCUCAGGAAUUGAACGAAACUAUCAUGUCUUUUUCUGCUUACGUUCUUAACUUUUUGCUAUGUAUGAACAGAAUGAACAGUAAUAAUAUUUUUAAUUUUAUGUUCAAA